AUGCCUCCUCCAUCGUCGCGAGCCGAUGUCCUUGCCCACCUCCGAGAACAAGUCAAAAAUGGCAAGCCUAUCAUUGUAGCAGGAGCAGGGACAGGCCUCUCAGCCAAGUUCAGCGAAGCCGGGGGCGCUGACUUGAUCAUCAUAUACAAUUCGGGUCGAUUCCGAAUGGCCGGUCUAGGGUCUCUCGCUGGCCUGAUGCCUUACGGUGAUGCCAACGCCGUGGUUGUCGACAUGGCCCGAGAGGUACUCCCCAUUGUCAACCAGAUCGGGGUUUUGGCCGGAGUCUGUGGGACCGAUCCGUUUCGAAUCAUCCCCAAAUUCCUCGAGCAGUUGAAAAGCAUGGGUUUUUGUGGGGUGCAGAACUUCCCUACCGUUGGUCUCAUCGACGGCACAUUCCGAGCAAAUCUGGAAGAGACGGGAAUGGGCUACGACAAAGAAGUGGCCAUGAUUGCUCAAGCACAUGAGCUGGAUCUCCUAACCAUGCCCUAUGUGUUCAAUGUCGAAGAUGCACAGAAAAUGACCGAGGUUGGAGCGGAUGUGAUUGUGUGCCAUAUGGGCUUGACAACUUCGGGGAGCAUUGGUGCAAAGACCGGAAAGUCACUGGAUGACUGUGUCCAGUUAAUUCAAGACAUGAGGGACGCUGCCGUGAAGAUCAACAGAGAUAUUCUCGUCUUGUGUCAUGGCGGGCCUAUUGCUGAGCCUAAAGAUGCCGAAUAUGUCCUCAGCCGUACCAAAGGUCUCCAUGGGUUCAUUGGGGCCAGUAGCAUGGAAAGACUGCCUGUGGAAGUCGCCAUCGCCAACAUUACCAAGGAGUUCAAGGACCUGAAGUUCAGUCAAUGA